AUGAAAGCAUUCAGUGUAAAGGAAUAUCGAGAAUUAGGAGAAAGGAUUUCAACUCCCGUUUUUUCAUCUUUAAGAGAUGCUUUAAAUAUACGGGAUGCAGUGUUUGAUUUUAUUCAUCUCUUAAAAUUCAUAUUUCUCUAUGCUGUCCUAAGAAGACCUGAACCCGAAAAAAGAGAAGAUCCACAAAGAACUGCUGUCUCAUUAAAGCCUUUGGCUGAUAUUAUAUCGAAAGAAGUUAGUAGUGAUAUUGGUAGCAGAAGUAGAAGUGAAAAAGAUUAUCUCAAAAAAGCUUCAAGCUUAAGUAGAUCUACAACUAAUACAAAAAAAUUGAGAGGAAUCAAUGUUGAGGAAAAGGGAAAAGAUGAUAGUGACGAUGAUGAAAGUAAGAAACACGAGAAUAGCGGUGAUGAAAUUACAGUUGAAACUAUUAACAAAAUCAAUCCAGUGUCAUCAACUAGCAUUGAAGAUUCUAUAAAAAAAAUAAUAAGAAUAAUCAAAGAAGAUGAUAUGAAAAAUUCAACAUAUUCAUCAGAAAAUCGUGUAUAUGAAGUAUUGUACGAGAAUCAAAGAGGAUAUUCACCAAUGGAUAUUUAUACAUUUCAAUUGCCGGAUCCAACUUGGGAAUGGGUUAAUAAAGAAUGGUUGAUUGAUAUGUCUGGUGAUGUUGACCAAGAAGGAUGGGAGUAUUCCAUAGCAUUUAAUUUUAAUCGUUGGCAUGAAGAAGAUGGAUAA